AUGGGCCGCCAGCGACAAAUCCUGCAAGUGUCUCUACAGGGACAGCACCAGCGCAGACUGUACAAGGACCUGAUGCGAAACUACAACCCUCUGGAGCGUCCCGUGUUCAAUGACUCCCACUCGCUCACCGUACACUUCAGCUUCAGCCUCAUGCAGAUCAUGGAUGUGGAUGAGAAGAACCAGGUCCUGACGACCAACAUCUGGUUACAGCUGUACUGGACUGACUACUACCUGCAGUGGAACACCACAGACUACCCUGGAGUUACCAAUGUCAGGUUCCCUGACACCCAGAUAUGGAGGCCUGACAUUCUCCUCUACAAUAGCGCUGACGAGAGGUUUGAUGCCACCUUCCACACCAACGUCCUAGUCAACUCCACUGGCUACUGCCAGUAUCUCCCCCCAGGAAUCUUCAAGAGCACAUGCUACAUCGACGUGCGCUGGUUUCCCUUCGAUGUCCAGCGCUGUGACCUCAAGUUUGGCUCGUGGACGUACGGGGGCUGGUCUUUAGACCUGCAGAUGAUAGAGGCGGAUGUGACUGGAUACAUUGCUAAUGGAGAGUGGGACCUCGUGGAGGUCCCCGGACGGAGGAACGAGCGUUUCUAUGACUGCUGUAAGGAGCCUUACCCUGACGUGACCUUCACGGUGGUGAUGCGUAGACGCACCCUCUACUACGGCCUCAACCUGCUCAUCCCCUGUGUCCUCAUCUCCACCCUGGCCCUGCUCGUCUUCCUGCUGCCCGCGGAUUCUGGAGAGAAGAUCUCACUGGGUAUCACUGUGCUGCUCUCUCUAACUGUCUUCAUGCUCCUGGUAGCUGAAAUCAUGCCGGCCACCUCCGACUCUGUUCCUCUCAUAGCCCAGUACUUUGCCACCACCAUGGUCAUCGUGGGCCUGUCCGUCAUCGCCACUGUCCUGGUCCUCCAGUACCACCAUCAUGACCCGGACGGAGCCAAAAUGCCAAAGUGGACACGUGUUGUGCUCCUGAACUGGUGCGCAUGGUUCCUGCGUAUGAAGCGGCCCGGCGAGGAGCGUGUGCGUCUGGCCUGCCACAACAAGCAUCCGCGCAACAGCCUCUCCAGUGUGGAGCUCAGUAUGAGCCAGGGGACCCUCCAGCCCACCAAUGGCAACAUGCUCUACAUCGGCUUCCGGGGCAUGGAGGGCAUGCACUACACCACCACCCCCGACUCAGGCGUCAUCUGCUCCAGGCUGGUGGGGGCAGGGGACGAGGAGGUGCUGCUACCCGGGGCCGGGCUGCCCAACUUGGGCAGCGUGGCAGGCGGCACCGGGGUGGGGGUGGCGAGCCCCGUGGACUCCGACAUGUCCAAGAUCCUGGAGGAGGUGCGCUACAUCGCCAAGCGCUUCCGGGGCCAGGACGAGGACGAGUCGCUGUGCAAUGAGUGGAAGUUUGCGGCAUCUGUGAUUGACCGGCUGUGCCUGAUGGCGUUCUCUGUGUUCACCAUCCUCUGCACCAUCGGCAUCCUCAUGUCAGCGCCAAACUUCGUGGAGGCCAUCUCCAAAGACUUCUUCACCUGAGCGGGCUGUGUUGUGUUGGAGGAUGGGUGUGUGUGUGU